AUGGCGGACGCAAAUAUGAGCUAUGUGUACACUGCCACGGCCUAUGCGGCGCUUUUUGGCCUCGGUUAUGUAGUCUAUCAAGUUUCCACCCAAAAGGCCAACAGAAGAGCUGCGGCAAAUCCACCUCGCGGCGCAAGAACCCAACAAAACGAGCCACGGAAAGAAGACAGAAAGAAAAAGCAACGCCUAGAGAGCUUCACCUCUGAGGCCCAGGAAGCCUCGAAAGCCAAAGCUCGAGUCCAAGCAGCGGAGCCUACCCCUUGGCCAAGGCCUUCUGUAGAUGACACAUCCGACGACGGCGCCGAUAACCGCGAGUUCGCCAAGCAGCUAGCUAAGGCGAAGGAGGGCAAGAAAUUCAGUAGCAAGACCGAAGGGGGAAAGCAGAAGGAGAAAUCGGUCAAGCAAUCCAAGGCAAACCAGCUGAAUAAUAGAUUCGCUGACGAGAAGCCGUCCGAUACUGGUGCUGAGGCUGAUGAUGACCAGUCGCCCGUCGAGUCUCCAGUCGAGUCUCCAGUCGAGUCCCCCGAGACCCGGCCCACGGAUGCCUCUGGUGUCAGCGAUAUGCUUGAGCCCGCCGCCGCCGGCCCUUCCGUUUUGAGAAUCACCGACAUGGACAAGAAAAUGGAGAAGCCAAAGUCCGCCAAGGCGCCUCAGAAGACGGAAACCAAGAAACAACGGCAAAACAGGAAGAAGGCCGAAGCUGCCAAGGAAGCACGAGAAGAGGCAGAGAAGGAGCGAAAGACCUUGGAGGAGAAGCAGCGGCGAACUGCACGCAUUGCUGAGGGCCGACCCGCCAAAGAUGGCUCUCAAUUUAAGCCUACCAACGGCACCAACUCCUGGGCCAGAGGUGCCCCCAAUGGAACUACUGCCAGACCAUUGGAGACGGAUAACAAGUCACUCCACCAACCCCUUGAUACCCUGGACGAACCUGCGGCUCACGUCAAGAAACAGCCUUCAGCAAAGUCAGAGGAAUCAUGGAUGUCUUCUCUCCCGUCCGAGGAGGAACAGUUGGAAAUGUUGAAGGACGAGGCUGACGAGUGGAGCACCGUUCCCUCCAAGUCUUCAAAGAAGGCCAAGAAGAGCGGCGAUUCUGGGGAUGAGACACCUAAGCAACUUGCCACUCAACCUAAGCAGGCUGCUCCAGUGCCAAAGACGGCAUCCAAGAGCGGCUCUUCUCAGACCUUUGGCGCAUUCUCCGCUCUGAAUGACGAUGCCACCGAAGAAGUGGAGGAAGAAUGGGAUGUCUAG